AUGCGGUUUCUCCAGGCAGGCUACCAGGCAGCCCUAAUUGCUACCCUUGGUGGCGUCACUGCGGCAUCCAGCCUCAGAAAUCAAUCCUAUGACUACAUUGUUGUUGGCGGAGGACCCGCAGGUAUCAUCACUGCUGAGCGGUUUGUUGAGGCUGGCAAGAAGGUCCUCCUGCUUGAACGGGGCGUUGGUCCCACUGUUGAAACCGGAGCGAACGAGACUCUGCCCUGGAACCAUGAUUUGACGCCAAUUGAUUUGCCUGGCUUGUCUGCGGAUAUUGGAAACACUAAACAGUGGAAUGAGUACAUCUGCACCGAUACCGAGGGAAAUGCCGCCUGUGUCUUGGGUGGCGGAGUGACCGUGAACUACAUGGUCUUCGUGCACCCUCCCGAGCACGACUUCGACGACAACAACAACUGGCCUGAGGGAUGGAAGUGGAAGGACAUCAAGCCUGCGGCAGAGCGACUGUACCAGCGCAACCCCGGUACCACUCUGCCUUCGACUGAUGGCAAACGGUACGACCAGGGUCUCCACACCAUUCUCUCCAACUUUUUCAGUAACCUUGGCUGGAAGGCUGUCGACAUGAUCACCCAGGCCAACGAGAAACACCAGACCUAUAGUUACCCGUCUUGGAACCUGAAGGACCUGAAGCGUGCUGGCCCCGUUCGCACCUACCUGCCUCUGGCCCAGAAGAGCGAGAACUUCUCCCUGCGUCUCCGUGCUAAGGUGCUUCGCGUGGUGCGUGACGGUAGCAAGGUGACCGGUGUCGAAGUGCAGCUCGCUUCCGGCCGGACUGAGAUCGUCCCUCUUGCUCCCCAUGGCCGCGUCGUCCUUGCUGCCGGUGCUCUCUCCAGCCCGCGUGUCCUCUUCAACUCUGGAAUCGGCCCCAAGAAGCAGAUCGAGACCGCCCAGAAGAGCGGUAUCAAGGUCCCUUCCGAGGACCAGUGGCUCGACCUGCCCGUGGGUGUUGGCCUUCGGGAUCACCCCAUCUUCCCCAUCUCCGUCCAGACCAACGGCUCCUUCGGCGUUCCCGACUAUGACCGCAUCCUAAACGGCACCGACUACAAGGACAUCGCACUGUACCGCCAAGGAAACGGCGUUCUGACCCAGGGCAAGCACCGCAUGAUCUUCUUCACCUCGAACGAAAUCGACGGCCAGACCCGCUACUACCAAGGCUCCUGUGCUCCCAACGCCGGCUCUGUUCUCGACAUCACGGCAUACCUGACCCACGGCGCCACCUCCACCGGCGUUCUGGGCAUCGACUCGAACCAGAAGACGGUCUUCGAACAGUCCCCUUACAUGCAAACCCAGGGGGACAAAGCCGCGGCCCACGCGUUUGUCCAACAGAUGAUCAACGACAUCACUGCCCCAGGAACCGGCCUCCAGUUGCUCACCUACCUGAACGCGUCGGCGAUCAUCGAUGGCAUGACUGCCGGCAAUCAUUACACCAGCACCGCGAAGAUGGGUACCGACAGUGGCCUUCACGGUGGCUCGUCGGUUGUGGAUACCAACACCAAGGUUUACGGAAUGGACAAUCUGUAUGUCGUUGAUGGUAGUAUCCACCCUGACCUGCCUACUGGUAACAUUCAGACCACCAUCAUGGUUGUUGCAGAGGCUGCCGCUGCCCGGAUCCUUGCCCAGGAUGCCCGCCCCCACUUUGUCAAGCACAAGUACUAG